AUGAUUAAUGCUCCAUUUCUUUUCCUCUCUUGUUUCCUAUUUCGUCAUUUUCAUGCCAUUUCAUGCAACACUAACACAGACAGAGAUGCCCUUUUUUCAUUCAAAUCUCAAGUUAGUGACCCAACAAAUUCCCUCUCUUCCUGGUCUCUACAUUCCAAUCACUGCACCUGGAAAGGUGUCACAUGCUCCAAACUUGGAAACAGGGUCCAAUCUCUCAUUCUACCAGGACUUUCCCUCUCCGGCAAACUGCCCCCUCACCUUUCCAACCUCACUUACCUACACUCACUUGACCUUUCCAACAACAGUUUUCAUGGCCAAAUUCCCAAAGACCUUGCCCAUCUCUCACUUCUCAAUGUCAUUCAAUUAUCUUCCAACAAUCUCAGUGGUACACUUCCACCACAGCUGGGUCAUCUCCACCGUCUACAAGUUUUAGACUUUUCAGUCAAUAAUCUCACAGGUCAGAUUCCUCCGUCAUUUGCCAAUCUAUCUUCUCUUGAGAAUCUUUCCUUGGCAACCAACGGUUUGGAGGGUGAGAUUCCGUCCGAACUUGGUAAUCUCCGCAAUCUUUCCUUUCUUCAAAUAUCGGCGAAUAAUUUCUCCGGCCAGUUUCCCACUUCUAUCUUCAACAUCUCUUCCUUAGUCUUUUUAUCCGUCACAAAAAACAAUCUAGAGGGUAAGUUACCACAAAAUUUCGGCCAUUUUCUUCCAAAUUUAAAGAAUCUACAUCUGGCAUCCAAUAGGUUUGAAGGGAUAAUUCCGAAUUCCAUAUCAAAUGCCUCACAUCUUCAAUACAUCGACCUUGCACACAAUAAAUUCCACGGCUCUAUACCUCCAUUCAACAACUUGAAAAACCUAACCCACCUCAUUCUUGGUAACAAUUUUCUCUCCUCCACAACCUCUUUAAAUUUUCAGUUUUUUUAUUCCCUUAGAAACUCUACCCAGUUACAAAUUCUCAUGAUCAAUGAUAACCAUUUGGCCGGGGACCUCCCAAGUUCUGUUGCUAAUCUGUCUGGCAAUCUCCAACAAUUUUGUGUAGCUAAUAAUUUCCUUACUGGAGCACUACAUGAUCUACAGAAACUUGUGAUAUACAGUAACAGAUUAUCUGGGGAAAUUCCGGACUUUUUUGGCAAUUUAACAAAUUUGUAUACCCUUGGAAUGGGAAAUAACCAGUUCUCGGGUAGAAUUCACCGAAGUAUUGGACAAUGCAAGAGAUUAACUAUUCUUGACUUGGGAAUGAAUAGGCUUGGUGGGACCAUACCAAAGGAGAUUUUUCAGCUUUCUGGCUUAACAUCCUUGUAUUUAGCAGGAAACUCUCUGCAAGGUUCGCUUCCUCCUAAGGUCGGCACCAUGAAACAGCUUGAGACCAUGGAUAUUUCUGACAAUCAGUUGUCAGAGAACAUUCCUAUGGAAAUAGAACACUGUUUUAGCUUGAAGUGGCUUAUGAUGGCAAGAAACAAAUUCAAUGGUUCAAUACCAACUAAUAUUGGGAAUUUGGCAUCCCUUGAGACUUUGGAUUUAUCGUCAAACAGUCUCACUGGUCCUAUUCCUGAAAGUUUAGAAAAGCUCGAGUAUAUACAGAAAUUAAAUUUGUCUUUCAACCAUUUGGAAGGGGAGGUUCCAAUGGAAGGUCUUUUUACGAACCUUACAAAGUUUGAUCUUCGAGGCAACAAUCAACUCUGUAGCCUUAGCAAGGAAAAUGCGCAAAAUUUAGGAGUACUCUUGUGUGUUGCUGGCAAAAAUAAAAGAAAGAUCGUACUCCCUACCAUACUUGCAGUUGUUGGUGCUAUUGCGUUGUUCAUUUCAAUGGUCUUUCUUUUUUGGACGAUGAAGAAGAAAAGAAAGGAGAGGAAAACCAGUUUGUCAUCUGCCCCCUUCAGGGGGUUGCCUCAAAAUAUAAAAUAUGGUGAUAUUCGGAUAGCUACAGACAAUUUUGCAGCUGAAAACUUAAUUGGAAAAGGAGGUUUUGGCUCUGUGUACAAGGGUGUGUUCAACUUCAGCAAUGGUGAAACCGCCACACUUGCUGUCAAAGUCCUAGACCUGCAACAAAGCAAAGCGUCAAAGAGUUUCAAUGUGGAAUGUGAAGCUUUGAAAAAUAUUAGGCAUCGGAACCUAGUGAAGGUUAUCACUUCUUGCUCCAGCCUUGAUUAUAAUGGAGAGGAAUUUAAGGCCCUUGUUAUGCAAUUCAUGCCCAAUGGCAACUUGGACGUGAACAUACACCCGGAAGAUGAAGAGUCAGGCUCCUUUCUAACCUUGAUGCAAAGAUUGAGCAUUGCCAUUGAUGUUGCUUCUGCUGUGGACUACUUGCACCAUGACUGCAAUCCACCAAUAGUUCAUUGUGAUCUGAAACCUGCCAAUGUCCUUCUGGAUGAAAAUAUGACUGCACAUGUUGCAGAUUUUGGAUUGGCAAAGUUUCUGUCUCAAAACGCAUCAGAGAAGCGGAGUAGUACUUUAGGACUAGAAGGAUCAAUCGGCUACAUUGCCCCAGAAUAUGGUUUUGGAGGCAAGGCCUCAACCGAGGGCGAUGUGUACAGUUUUGGGAUCUUAAUGCUUGAGAUGUUCACAGGCAAAAGACCAACUGAUAAAAUGUUCAAAGAAGGAUUAAGCCUCAGCAAAUUUGUCUCUGCUAUGGAUGAGAAUGAAGUACUAAUGUUUGUUGAUGGAAGGCUUAUUGAUGAUCAUGAAUAUUCAACACAAAGCUCAAACACUGAUGACCAUGGAAGUGGCUUUGAGAGCAAAACAUAUUGGACGCUUAAAGCUGAGGAAUGCAUAGCUGAUGUGAUAAUAGUUGGGUUGUGUUGCACGGCUGAUCAACCCAAAGAACGAUGGAGCAUUAGAGAAGCCUCAUCAAAAUUGCGAGCAAUUAGGCACUCUAUGCUGACUUCUUGA